CACAACAAUUACUUCCUCUCUCCCUCACUGCUUCGAGUUCAUGGAAACUACUAAUAAAUCCAGUGAUUCUGGUCUUCCUUCAUCAUCCUCAUGGCGUCGCUCGCUCUCCCGCAUUUCCUGCCUCACCGACUCCGAUGGAAUCAUCGGAAGAACCGAUGCAGAUGCUGUUUGUCUUCGGGAAGUACUAAUGAAAGUUCCACGGCGGUUCUGUGGUUUAAGCAUGACCUCCGUGUAGAUGAUCAUCCUGGCCUCCUCGCUGCUUCCAAGCACAGAUCUGUCAUACCUCUCUACGUUCUCGAUCGCCGUGUUUUAUCGCGAUAUACAACGGAUACUUUAGAGUUAGCUAUUAUAGCCUUGGAAGAGUUGAGAGAAGCCUUGAAGAAGCAAGGAUCAAAUCUUAUGCUCAGAUAUGGGAAUGCAGAAAAUGUCAUUGAAGAGCUUGUCAAAGAGGUACGAGCUCCCUUCGUCUAUGUGGAAGAAGAGGUAGAAUACCAUCUCUGCGAGGUUUUGGACGGUGUUAAGAAAAGAUUGCAAGGUGUUUCUCUUCCUGGAGGUGCACCGAGGGUUGUUCUUUGGCGGACUCCUUUUUAUGAGAGCCUAAAUUUAACGGAUCUACCACAAUCUUGGGAAGAGUUUAAGAAACUAAAGCUGCCACUCACUUUGCCAGUUCCUGCAGCAAGGUUUUCAUCUCCAGAAACUGAAUUGCAGUGGGGUUCUUUGCCAACACUUGAUGAUCUGACGGACUAUAUAAUGGAAAGCUUAUGCGAAAAAGAAAGUAGCUGGAGGGACAUAGCACAUGCAUCUGCUGAAAGAGUAUUAGCGGAAAGGAUUGGUAACUUGAAGAAAGGGAGCAGCAUGGAGCCAAUUAUUGAUGGGAGUUUAGGGAGGAAGGUGCACAACUCUGCAUUUCUCACAAGAAAAAGAGUUACUGUUGCUGGUGGAACUGAGGUUGUAAUGAAUGCUCUAGCAGGAUACUUGAGGUACUUGGAGGGUACAAGUCGAGAUGACUGGCAAGAGGUUCAUGCGAGACUUCGUGAUGCCGAAAUUAGGCCGGGAGCUUCAUUUUUCAAACUUUUUGGACCUGUCCUCCGUCUUGGUAUUGUAUCAAGAAGAAGGGUUCACUAUGAAGCAACUGAGUAUGAAAAAGAAAGAAAUGCUGGAUUUAUUUCUCCCUUUGGAUAUUCAGCUGCUACAGUGGCUGCUGCAACUGAUGCUGUGUGCUCUAUGGAGUGGUAUUCUCUCGUGGCUCUAAAUAGAGAGCGGACAGAUGAAAAAAAGCCAGCUAUAAGGAUUUGGAGAUGGAAGGGCUAUCUUAUUCAGUACACAGUGUCUGGCAAUGAAGGCCCUGCUGUUCUUCUUGUGCAUGGCUUUGGUGCUUUUCUAGAGCAUUACCGCGGUAAUGUUGACAACAUCGUAAAUAGAAAAAGCCGAGUAUGGACCAUCACAAUCCUGGGUUUUGGAAAAUCAGAGAAGCCAAAUAUCAUAUAUACCGAGCUUUUGUGGGCUGAAUUGCUGCGGGAUUUUAUGAUUGAAGUAGUUGGUGAACCAGCACACUGUGUAGGGAACUCCAUCGGUGGGUAUUUCGUUGCAUUAAUGGCCUUCCUUUGGCCGGCCUUGGUUAAGUCUGUUGUCCUUGUUAACAGUGCCGGCAAUGUGGUACCUGGAUACUCUCCUCUCCCAGUCUCUAGAGAAAGGCGAGUUCCAUUUGGUGCACAACUGGGUGCUCGACUUCUUCUCUUUUUCCUGAAAUUCAAUGUCAAAAAGCUAUUAAAGGAUUGUUACCCAGUUAAACCUGAGAGAGCUGAUGAUUUUCUCAUCACUGAAAUGCUAAGAGCAUCCCAAGACCCCGGUGUGGUUAUGGUCUUGGAAAGUAUCUUCGGCUUUGAUCUUUCACUUCCUUUGAACUAUCUCCUCAAAGGGUUUGAGGAAAAAACUCUAGUAAUACAGGGAAUGAAAGAUCCCAUAUCGGAUCCGAAGAAGAAAGUAGCCUUACUGAAGGAGUAUUGUCCAGCGAUGGUGAUUAAGAAAGUUGAUGCAGGUCACUGCCCCCACGAUGAGGUCCCAGAGGAGGUAAAUCGGAUUAUCUGCGAAUGGAUAUUGAAGGUCAAUAAUGAUGAACUUUACCACAGUAAGAAACAAAAGUGAGGAUUUGGUCAGCUCAUAGCAGUUUUAAAAAUGGUAUAGCUUGGUUGUGUCAACAAGACAUCGUCAUAGUCAUAGAUGUCAUCAAUCCAAAUGCAAGAAACAUGACUAGUUAAACCAAUUAAACAGGAACCGUCAUUUGUCAUUCUGACUAAGUGACUAUGUAUAUAUAUAUAUAUAUAUAUAUAUAUAUCUUUGUUUAUUUAUCUUUAUGAAUAUAUUUAUUCUGACUAGAGUCUGAGUCCCUAAUUACACGUUUUGUAUGUUCUAAUUCAAAUAUUUGGACGUAAUGUCACUAUUUAUUUUUGUUA